CUGGCGUCGGUUCAAGAUCGAACUGGUACAUGACAUCGCGACACGAAGCAGGCAGGACGCGGCGUCGCCUUCCGCACGUGAACGUCGAUGCUGAAUAUGAAGGCGAAUCACUAGACACAGUGCACUUGCUUGCGGGCAGUGGACAGCGAGGAUGUGGCGACGGUCGCGCAGUGUCUGCGUCCUUCAAUGCUCCAGCAGAUUUGUGCUACCUAGGAGACGACGCUGGCACGCUUGUCCUGUCAGACACACAGAACAACACCCUUCGUUUCGUCGUACCUCCAUCACACUCGUCGCUCAACAAGUACGACUCGGAGCCCCGCGUCCAGUCCCUUCGCCACGCUCGAUUUUCAUCGCCGCGAGGUCUUGCCAUAACUGCGUCGUGGGACACUCUACAUCUCCUCGUGUGCGACUCUGGCAACCAUCGCAUCCAAUGGGGGCAACUGCCGUUGCAUUUCCCCAUCGAUGAAAUGACAUUUGAUACGUUUGCUGGGACGGGUGUCCGCGGCCACCAAGACGGCCCGGCGAACACUGCGACGUUCCAUCAUCCGUCCGGUGUCUGUGUAGAUGGGAACGAGGUCGUGUACGUUGUCGACACGGGCAACCAUUGUAUUCGUGAAGUUCGACGGGUGAAGCGACAUGUGGCAAGCUCCAGCACGAACAACGCCGGUGGCGGUCACCAUUGGGUCGUGUUGACCAUAGCUGGGAACGGCAGCGGAGGGACCAAGAAGAAAUCGAUGGGGGUUGUGAAAGACGGCCGCGGACGGGUGUCUAAUCACGUCGGAGGGUACAUCGACGGGCCGGGCGAUCGAGCGAGGUUUCGGGCACCCACCGGCAUUUGCUUGGGUCGUGGUCAGGAUGAAUUGCUUGUAGCCGACACGUUUAAUCACUGCAUUCGGGUCGUGAGUCGGCGCCAGACACGAGGGGCCACGGAAUGGACGGUCCACACGAUAGCAGGAGGGGGUCAGAGUGGCCACUUGGAUAGCAACUGCGAUUCAGCCUUGUUUAACCAGCCUGUGGGCAUAUGCCGCGCGAGCGACGAUUCGCUGUUUGUGGCAGACAAGGGCAAUCACUGUAUCCGCCACAUUGGCGGGUAUAUCGGGAAGCUCAAGUACUCGUGGGUGCGCACAAUAUCGGUGGGUGCGUUGGCGCCAAGCUGGCGGUUCCCCAAAGGCGUCGAGCCUCCGUUGUUGCUGCCAAAAGGCGUUGCCAUGCUGCCGGUCCACCACAGUUGGUACAGCCCAAACCAGCAUCCCCACGAGGACAACAACCGGUGCCCACCAAAGCUGGUGGUCGGGGUGUGCGACACAGGCAAUCACAUUGUCCGAGUAAUCACACUCAACAUGGACGACACCGCCAUCCCAUCGACAAAACCUGUGCACGAUGCGAACGCAUGGACCGAUGCUCCUAUCGCCACGCCGGUGUAUUCACUGCCAACGUCUCCAUCCAUGGGAAACCAGCACACGGAAGAGCUCGAACGCGUCCGUACAACCUCCCAUGUUCCUCCAGCUUUCGUGACUGGAUCCAUGCUUGCCUGUGUAGUUGCGGGAAGACAACCAUCGACUUCAACUUGAAAACGCUGCAUUGCGAGAAGCUGUCGCCAGCGCUGCCGACUCGAUUGAGCGGCUGACAAUUCUCUUGGCCACCAGGUGUAAUCAGCGCCAGUGACAUCGUCCGGACGCCAUCAUACGCUCCAACGAGUAUAUUCCAAAACCAGCAUUCGCUCCCGACCUGUUGUGGACGACGUGGAAAUGCGAGUGGUGGGCUACAUCUGACCUGUACUGGUUGUACAUGCGCGCAAGCCCGUUACGAACGGAUGAAACACUUUCGUUUGCA